ACACUGCUGAAGCCAUAACAUUGGUUAUUGUAUAUAAUAUAUACAUAAAACAACUUGCCUUGAAAUUUUAAAUAACAUCAUAAUCAAACAGCAAUUUACGUUCGUUUGUAAACACACUAACAAACUUAUAAGCGUAUUAUGUCCUCAAAGGAUUUGGCUUAAAUCCACAAACGUUAGAACAACAAUUUCAAUAUGAAACCUAAAGGAUUUCAUUCAGAAGACCACAGUAAAGAUAUUGACAUUAUAACCAACCAACAGCAAAGUCGAGCAAUUUCCGAUGACAAAAUGGCGGCGAUGCAUGCAAAUGUACACAAAGGAAUACCCAAAGUAAACAACCGGAUACAAGACAAACAUGAGGACAACGAUAUGAUCCUUUACCAUAAACCUCGAACAAAUCAUAGAACAUGGCUAAAAUGGUUAAGUCACUCUGAACAGCCAAUAAGUACUUUCCUUCUUUUGAUUGUCCUAGUGAAUGGAGUGCAUGAAUCAUUUGCAACGACAACGACAUCCACAACAACAACAUCCACAACAACAUUGAAACCCACAAUAUCCCGAUACAGUCAACUAUUAUCGACAAAUGGAAAAUUAACGGAAAUGUCAGAUGACAAUGAGGACGAUAUGUUUCGUCCAUUUGUGCCCAAAGAUCCGGAGGUAAUAUCACGUAAUGUUUUUACACCUUCAGGACAGUUUCGUGUCUUUCAACCCGUUGAAAGUGAUUUACGUGCUGCUGUGGCCAUGGAACACAGGUCACACAACGAUCAAAUGACAACAGCCAAGGAGGCAUCACCUCAAGCCACAGAAAGUGCAAAAAUGACUAGUGAAAAUAAACGUGUCGUCGAACAUCCACAUAAUGAAACCACAUUGGCCGCAUUACCCAGUGAAACACGAAAAACGGUCCGUGAUGUGCGUAAACAAAAUAUCGAUAAAAAGCAAAAUACAAUUGACCAAAAUAAUGACUUGUCAUCCGAUCUGAAAAGUUUGGAAGAUUUAUUGGUUGAAUACGUACAGAAUUUCUUUGAAAAGGGUGAAUAUCAACCGUUGCCCGGUUUGGUAGUUGAGUUGCAAAAGAAUCGCAGUGACACAACGGAUAAUUCGCUCAAAGAACACACAAGAAACGUUCGCCAAACAUCGAAACCCAUUGGUGCCAAAGUGAGCUUGGAUGUGCCUCGGACAUUGGCCACAGGACGUUUGUUGUUCUUAACAGGUCUAAAAAAAGUGUUGUGGCCCGUUUUCAUGGGGUUGCAGGUCCUUAAAUCACUCUUAAUUGCGAUGUUCAUCCCAGCGCUUAUUGGUUCGUUUACAAAACUUUUGGGGAAAGGUAUCAGUUCGGGUUCGGCACCUUUAUUUAUACGACCCAUGGACCCACCUCAAGAAUUAGAUUUCCGUGACAACUUUGGCGAUGGUGACAAAUUCCUUUCAGCUGAUGAUGUGUUGAAUGAUCCCUUCCAACCUACAGAUGACACCAUAAAAGACCAUAAACCCUAUGCCUACAAUCAACCGGAAGCCUCACAAUACAGCAAUCAAUACGCCUACAACAGUGUAGAUUCCUCAUCGAACCUGGGACCGUUGAGCUUCACACGCCUUGGUAUGAACGAACGACAGCAUCAGUUAAUGCAAAAUUCCUAUAUGGGAGCAUUACAGACAAUUACAUCGGCUUCGUUUAAAAAUUCCAAUUCAAUAUCUGGUAGUUCGUCAUCACUUUCAGCGCCGAUGGUGAAUAAACCGGCGGCACCGGCCAACAUGAACACAUUCCAGCAAUUCCAAAAGGUUCCUGCCUCAUCAUUGCUGCUCUCCAAUUAUGAUCCAUUCUAUAGCCCGUUGUUAUCGAGAUUGGAUUCGGUAUUUGCUCAAUUAAAAUUGAAUUCAGACAAUGAAGAUUGCCGUGAAAAGGUGAUUUGUUUGAUGUAUGCUAAUCCCGCAAAAUAUGCUCCAUAUAGCAAUCUCGUAUCGGCGCAAUUAAGUCGAGAAUUAAAUGAAUUGCGUAAGCCAACCUCAGAUAAUCCCGACAUUCUACGUUUCUUCAAAUACAUGCGGGCGGCUAAAGAUGGCCAAGACGGCGUUGACUGCGAACAAGCAUUUGAGAAAUGUACGGAAUUUAAAGAUUUCGAAAAUCCUGCAAUGGUUUCCACAUAUCAUGACAUAAACAAAUUGGUGCAGGCGAGAAAAAUGGCAUAAUGGCAAAAUGAAUUUGAGUAAUGGCAAGAACAGCGUCGAAACGAAAUUUGACUAUUUGUAUAUGAAAAAAAAUGUAUGAACAUUUUUUAGUUCUUAAGUAGAAACAAAUGAGCCAUAGACAUUUUUAGAUUUUAUA